GCAUCUCAGGCUCCGAGAAUGACCCUUUCUUCUCCUGCUUCCUGUAAAUGUAGCUCUUUUUUCUUCGAUUCAUCCAUUCAUUCCUAUCUCCUUUACCUUUUUCUUAUAAAGAAUUUAACUUUUGGAUUGAAUCAAUCGACUUCAUGAUCUCCAAUCGGAGAAUCAUUCCAAAAUGUAGUUUUUAUCGACGAUUCACUCCUCAGCGCAGAGCUUCUGUUCUGGGUUUUCUUUUGGCAGUUGUAUAGAUGGCAACCCGAGUUACUAGGUCGAAGAGAGAACAAUCCCAGCAGCAGGAACAACAAAAUAGAGCUAGAUGGACAUCAUAUCUUACUAAAAUACUUGCAGACUUGAUGGUUGAACAAGUUUACAAAGGGAAUAGGCAAAACAAUUCUUUUGGCAAGAAAUCUUGGAAGUACAUGUGUGAUGAUUUUUAUAGGAAAACAGGUCUCAAAUGGGAUAAGGAGCAACUGAAGAACCGAUAUGCAGUCUUGAGGAGGCAAUAUGCUGCUGUAAAAACCCUUCUUGAUCGAGGGGAUUUCACUUGGGAUGAAUCCACAGGAACUAUUAUUGCCAGUGAGAAAGCAUGGACAGAAAUCAUCAGGGAACAUCCUGAUGUCGAGCCUUUGAAAGCCAGUGGCUGCUCAAUUUAUAAAAAGCUAUGCACUAUAUUCUCAGAAUCAGCAACUAAUAAUGGGAAGCAUGAUCAGUCAGCUGAACUCGGGGAAAGGACUCGAUCAAACAUCGGUCAAACGACGCCCUUGUGCCUGCAGCAGGAGUCCUCAUCUGAAUCUGAAGAAACUGAUGAUGUUGUAGAAAUUCAAGACACAGGUCAGCCUUCCACGCCUAGGACUGGUGUUCGAAAAAGAGGGCGGAAGGGAAUUGAUGAUGCCAUUGCUGAAGCUAUAUUUGAGAUGGCAGCCGCAUCAAAGAUGAGGACAACAGCCAUACAGCAAUGUAAUGCCACCAAAUAUAGUGUAACAAAAUGUAUCAAACUAUUGGAUGAGAUGCAAGGUGUUGAUGAGAAACUCUACUUGGCUGCUCUCGACAUGUUCAACAAGCCUUCAUCGAGGGAGACAUUUAUGUCUCUAACAGGUGACAAGCGCUUGACUUGGCUGCGUUGCAAAGUGCAUGGCGCAGCCCACUUACCUUAGGUUGACAGAGAAGGAACUAGACAUGUUUGCUCAGUUCAGGCCACAUUGUUAUGAGACGAGUUAACAACUUGAUUAUUGACUUUGUAAAUAUCUAGUUGGAUAAUGUUACUACAAUUUUCUUUGA